AUGACAAUCAACUCCGGGACGCUGGUGGAGGGCUCCUCGGAGCGCCUCCGCCUCGCCUGGGCAAUGGUACCCCCAUGGGUCCUCCGCCUUAAACUUAUGAUGAAUCCCACCCGCAUCACCCCCCGUUCCCUAAGAUCGAAUUCCCGAAGUUUGAUGGUUCUAACCCUCAUCUAUGGCACGAUCAAUGCGAGAUGUAUUUCGAGGUGUUUGCGGUCCGUGCUCGAGUACCAGGAGACGUUCGAGAUGAUUGCUCAUGCGGUUCUACUAUACAAUCUGGUGUACGACGACACGUUCUUCGUCACCCGGUUCGUCAGCAGCCUCAAGGAAGAAAUCCGGGUACCACUCAUGCUCCACCGACCUCGAGAUGUGGAUACAGCGAGCGCUCUGGCAUUGAUUCACGAGCAGGAGCUUGAAACCAGUCGCGCGGCACCUUUGGGCGAGAUUUCACCAGGUGUGUGUCCAAGAGUACCUCUACGGCUGACAAGAACAAGCAGCAGGACUCGGUCAAGGCUGUCCCCAAAGUCGCUUGAUCUGACACUGAGGACAAGAUCGCUACCCUUCGGGCAUUCAGGUGACGUAAUGGGCUAUGCUUCAAGUGCGGAGAUUUUGGAUGCUAUGGACAUAUCUGAUUCUGUUGAGGAGGAUGAUAGUGAGAUGGAUGUCACAACUGAAGCUCAGAAAGUUCUAGCUGUUCAGGCCAUUUCUCAGAAUCAGGUGAAGCCUAGACAGACCAUGAAACUAUUGGCUAGAAUUGUCAAACAUCAGAUGCUUGUGUUGAUUGACUCAGGCAGUGUGGGCACAUUUGUUAGUCAACACUUGGUGCACCAGUUGGGGCUAUCCACAGAACAGUGUGCUUCUAUCACAUACAGGGCUGCUAAUGGAGGAAUGAUGUUGAGUGAGACCAAGGUUCAGCGGUUGCAUUGGUUUAUUCAGGGUCAUAAAUUCACUUCUGAAGCAAGGGUGUUACCCCUGAAAUGCUAUGAUUUGAUUGUGGGAGAAGACUGGUUGGAGGACUGCAGUCCUAUGUUGAUUGAUUACAAGCUUAAAACAAUGAAGUUCAAUUACAAGGGGCAAAUGGUGGAGUUAUAA